CACAACAAAGACAAUUGAAUUGAAAUUGACAUUGCAAAUCAAACAGAUAUCUCAAUUGCUUUGCUAUAUGGCUCAUGACAGCAAUGACAUGACACCAAAUUAUGAAUCAUCUCUAUAAUUCCCUUUGAUGAAUCAUCUAAACAAUCAAAGUCCUGCAUCUGUUUUUAGAGCUGUAAGGGAAACUGUUAGUUUUGCAUAAUAUAAACGCUGACUCUGGCAGGUAGGUGGGGUUUAACGGGGCUGAUUAUUUACGGUACUUUUUGUAGCAGCAGAGCUCUCCGGGAUGGCAUAAGAGUGGCUAUUACUACGGGAGGAGAAAACCUACCGACCGAACAAAAGACAGAGCCUCGUGGAAUCGUUCCAUCGGCGAUGGCACAGCUAGAGGUGUUUUUGUUCACGGCUCUAGCUCGCAUUUCGUCUGGGAAAUCUGCUUCCUUUAUUGGCUAAUCCUGAUCGGUACAUCAACCGACACCUCCAACUAUGGAUUGCACUGAAGUUCCACCUUGUGUGUUUCUGCGUCAAGACAAUAAGAAGUAAGAGGAAACCAUCACGGACGACUGUGGGUUAUUUUCCAUUCCGGACUGAUCCCCAUCUAUAGAGCGGGUCAUUGAGAAACGCAGAAGGGAACGGAUUUUUAACCGAAAUAGACUUUGAUAGACAAUUUUGUUUCAAUCCUCGGCUGCGAUUUUCAGGAUAUUCCAUUGGUUGGCGUGUAAAGGGCAUGGACACAAUGUUUAUUAUCCACUGUCUACGCAAGUUAUGUUUUAGCUACCAUAAAUUAUCCCUGUAGUUAGAAUAUAUGUCUUCGUGCUCUCUAUUUUGCAAUUAACGGGCUGGGAUGAUAUAACUGCGGUUUAGAGGAUUGCUUUUCGCUGGUAGGAAUAGUGCACUGCUGUAGUUAAGCUCUUUUGAACAGAUAAAGGCCUAUCGGGAUAGACGCUACGCAGAUCACCUACAGGCUUUCAGAAAUACCCUUUUGUUAAUUUUGACAACUAACCGAUAUAUAUAUAAAAAAAAUCAAUUGUAAUUCAUAUAAACGCAAGUAACCUAUUCUGAUCUGCAGUGUACAGUUGUAGGCUAUAAGGUGGAAUCAUCUACCCACAGCACUAGCAAGGUGACAGUGGAGUAGGGUUGCAGUGUGAGCGGAGUUCUCUGUGACAGAAGGACAACAGCCAUGGCUCUGCCAGAUAACACCCCCGGCAUUCCCGUAGCGGAGGAAGUCAUCUUCCCUGAGAUAGUAGAGCUGAACGUGGGCGGCCAGGUGUACAUCACCCGCUACUCAACCCUGAUCAGCGUACCAGACUCUCUCCUGUGGGAGAUGUUUAGCAGGAAAACCACCAAAGGGCUGGCGAGGGACACCAAGGGCCGUUUCUUCCUGGAUCGGGAUGGUUUCCUGUUCCGGUAUAUUCUGGACUACAUGAGAGAUCAGCAGCUGGUGCUCCCAGACCACUUCCCAGAGCGGGGUCGCCUGCAGCGGGAGGCGGAGUUCUUCAACCUACCUGAGCUCAUAAAGAUCCUGGCGCCCAAACUCAGCAAGCAGAACUCGCUGGGCGACGAGGGGUGUCAGAGCGACCCGGAGGACUCCUCGCCGGGCAUCGACACCGGGCGCAACCUGGCCUCGCUGGGCACUGCCGCCUGCGCCAGUCUGGUCCCCAGCGGAGACGGUAAACGCUCAGGGUUCAUCACCAUCGGUUAUCGCGGCUCCUAUACUUUGGGGCGUGACAGUCAGUCCGACGCCAAGUUCAGACGUGUUGCUCGCAUUAUGGUCUGUGGCAAGACGUCGCUGGCUAAAGAGGUGUUUGGGGAGACGCUGAACGAGAGCCGGGACCCAGACCGACCCCCAGAGCGCUACACGUCACGCUACUACCUCAAAUUCACCUUCCUGGAGCAGGCCUUUGACAAGCUGGCGGACGCCGGGUUUCACAUGGUGGCUUGUAACUCCACGGGGACCUGCGCCUUCGCUCAUGAGCAGACGGACGACAAGAUCUGGACCAGCUACACUGAAUACGUGUUCUAUCGUGAGUGAGGCCAUCAUCAGCCCUGGUCCCCGGGCCCCCUAGUGCUCCCCAGCCUCCAGCCCCUCUCCCCUUGCCUCCCUGGAUCAAGCCCUGGGUCCCCUUGCCUCCCGGGACCCGGCCCUUAGUCCUCUUGCCUCCUGGACCCCAGCCUCCAGCCACUGCCCCCCUGGCUCUUUGACCCCCAUAGUGCUCCCUAGCCUCCAGCCCUUGGCCCCAACCACCAUGUGCCCCCCCCCCCCCCCCCCCCCCCUCCCACUCUCCAGCCUCCCAUGGAUUCCUGCCUCAAGCCCCCUGGACCCCAGCCCCACGGGCCUGGCCCCCUGCCUCAAGUCGCCUGGACGCCAGCCCCAUUGGCCCCGGCCCCCUGCUUGAAACACCCCUCCAUAUUUCUUUCUGACCCAUCAGCUGCUCUCCUUACCGCCUCUGCUGUCCCCUCUCCUGAUCCAUCUAUAACCUGACCAUCGCCCCCUCAAGCCUCCGCACCAAGCCCCAGAGACCCAACUGCCUCCCCCUCCACUCUCCAUGUACUGUCUCCUCCUCCUGUAUAUAGUAUCUGCCUCAGUGAAGCACAAUGCUGUGUGUAAAAUAGCUUAUUUAGUCCAGUUCAAGCCCUUCCUGGUCUGUGUUUAACUAAUUGUAGAACUCAGAGAGUAGGCUGGAGGGGCCUAUUGGAAAAGAGCUUAGCUUGAAGUGGCCCCUGGUCGGUACUCUUUUGUUCUGAAUCUAGCCUCUGCUGCUGUUUACUCCAGCAGAUCAGACUCCUGCUCCUCUGAACAAAAAAUGUCUGAUUAAUGUGACAUCUAAGCAGCCUAGAGGAAUGAGCGAGAGAGUGGCCAGCCCGGCACAAGCAAGAACAAAGUGUUACACAAACGAAAGUCUUUAACUUCCAUUCCUCCUUCUCCUACUUCUUAUUUCCAUUAUGAUAUGUCUGUGACCAAACUGUUGGGAAAGCACCGUUCAGUUCUACUAUUCAAAUGAAGUAACAUAUUUUCCCCCCCAGUUUCGUGGAAAGGGAAUAAUACCUUAGCUUUUAAGUCUCUGCUUGUGAAGACAACUAGCUAACAUGAUGCCAUCUUGUCUCACAAAAGCACAUUGUACUCCUUAUAAGGGAAAAGAGCGCCUAAAUGGACCAAUAGCAUCCUCUCAUGUUGUUUAUGUGUGUCUUCUUCAGGACAACCCAGUUCUUUGCAUUCUAGAAAAACAACGCUAGUCUUGUCCGAGAGUCAAAACCAACAAACAAGGAAAGAAAACGUUGAGAAAAGAAUGAUAACUCAAAAAGAUCAAGUUGUGUAUUUGACUGCAGAAAGAGAAAAAAACAAGGGGUUUUAGUACAGGGUGAGGGUUUGUCUGAAAUGGCACCCUAUCCUCUAUGUAGUGCACUACAUUGACCAAAGUCCUCUGUGGGCCCCGCUCAAAAAAAGUGCACUACAUAAGGAAUAGGGGUGCUUGAUGAAGUGUGUUUGUUGAUUGUGCGAUGGAGUGUUGAGUAUUUUAAUCGCCCAUGCCUGGAAGACCAGAGAUGUGAAGUGUUACAUCACAAUGUCCACAAAACCUCUCCUUCUACUCUUCCUCCUCCUCCUCUUCCCCCUCUUCUUCCUCCUCCUCCUCCUCCUUCUACUCUUCCUCCUCCUCUUCCCCCUCUUCUUCCUCCUCCUCCUCCUCCUCCUUCUACUCUUCCUCCUCCUCCUCUUCCCCCUCUUCUUCCUCCUCCUCCUCUUCCCCCUCUUCUUCCUCCUCCUCCUCCUUCUACUCUUCCUCCUCCUCUUCCCCCUCUUCUUCCCCCUCCUCCUCUUCCCCCUCUUCUUCCUCCUCCUCCUCCUUCUACUCUUCCUCCUCCUCUUCCCCCUCUUCUUCCUCCUCCUCUCAUCUUGGUUUUUACACUGCCUUUCUGUUUUUACUUUCUUCAAACAAGAACAUUUUACAGGGAUACAAUUGUUUUUGAAUGCCCACAGCGUUUGGCUCUUCUCUUCUGAAACUGGUUUAUUUUUCUCAUUGGAGUGUCUUUUUAUUCAGCUAUCUAUCCCAAGCUCUUCUAUUCAGUUCAGUAUUCCAGUUUUAAGCUCUUUCAUAUUUGAUGAUGGCUCUCAUUGACUAUAAUGUGUAUACCCAUGAGAAGGAGGAAGGAUUACGCCAUAGCCAAGCAAAGAACGACAUUCUCUCAAAACUGUAGCAGCUAAACAACAGUACAGGACAGGACUUUGGAUAGCACAUGGAUAUUGUGGAUAUUUUGGGGGGAAUGUUGUAAUACAGUCGAUUCCUGAUAAGUACACCUCUUAUAAGUGCAAAAUCACUGGUUGUGCACAUUGUCAUUACAGUUAUAACAGUUGUAUAUCAGGAGUUGACUAUAGUUGGACUGAACAGUAAUUGUAACCAGAGCAACUAUAACCACAGUAACAGGAGACAGUGUGUGAAUGGUAAAAGGUUAAGAGGGGUUAAAUGUUAUUAAGAGGGGUUAAGAAGGGUUAAAGGUUAAGAGGGGUUAAGUGGUAGGGGUCAUUUUAAGGUAUACUCUCAGGGCAAGUCUGCAUAUCAACAACAACAUUACAAUUUGAACUUUCCGUGCCUCAGUAGGUAAAAUAAAGAAUCAUCUCCAAAUACCAAGGAACACUAAUUAUCUGAAAAGGCUCAACUUGUACCAGUAAUAAUCAAUGGAUCAACUAGUAUUGUGACUAGUAAAUUACAGAAUAUUCUCCCUGAUAAAGUGAAACUCUUGUUCAAGAAACGUUCUUUGCGGUUCGGUAGACAGAGGGACUUUAAUUUGAAUGAAGGUGUAAAGAAGACAUUCUGAAUGCCUGACGGAUGAUAAAUGUUUUCUUGGAAAUCGCUAGAGUAUGAUAGCACAUUCUUUGAGUAUGAUAGCAUGGUGUUGACAGGAGCAAUGAGUCGUCAAUAAAAAUAAAUAAAAAAAUGUAACCAGGUAAAGUAAAGAACAAAUUCUUAUUUUACAAUGACGGCCUACCUCUGCCAAACCCAGACGACACUGGGCCAAUUGUGCGCGUCCCUAUGGGACUCCAAAUCACAGACAGUUGGGAUACAGCCCAGGAUCGAUCCAGGUUCUGUAGUGACACUUCUAGCACUGAGAUGCAAUGUCUUAAACCACUACACCACUCCGGAGCCAAUGUUAUUGUCAGCUUCAGUAUCGAUGUCACAAGUUAAACAUAGACCAAACGUCAACGGAGAAAAGAUCUUUAUCGUUCAGUAGGUCCACCGUACACCCUGAAGAAAACACUGGUUUCUAUACCUAUUACAUGUUGUGGGAACAUGAUUAGUGUGAGACUUUCUUUAUUUCUGCUUUUAUUUCUACUCUCCGUUAGUCAGCACCUCUACAAAACAUUUUUGGGCGUGCGUCAGCUUAUGUCUUUUGUUAUACAGCAGGCGAAAGGAAAAUGUAGUCUGUCAAUUCCAAUGUGUUAUUUAUCGUCUGCUACAGUUGCAUUGUACGUCCGUUAUGAAUUAUUUAUUAACUAACCUGGUAAAGUAGGGUGACAUGCUUCAGGAGAGUUGUGUACGCUCUCAUUUAUAUUAUUAUUGUAACCUAAAAUUGUUAAAAGAACAUACAAAUAUUUCACAAGUAAACUCUUCAUUUUUUUACUGAAGACACCACAAGCCUAUAAAAGUAACUGUGUACUUCCAAGACUUUCCACCUCUCUCUCUCUCUCUCUCUCUCUCUCUCUCUCUCUCUCUCUCUCUCUCUCUCUCUCUCUCUCUCUCUCUCUCUCUCUCUCUCUCUCCACCUCAAUGCCUGAAAAGGCAGGCCUCUCUCUCUACCCUCUCCCUCUCUAUCUUUCUCACUCUCUCUCUCGCAGUGAAAAGGCAGGCCUCUCUCUCUACCCUCUCCUUCUCUAUCUUUCUCACUCUCUCUCUCGCAGUGAAAAGGCAGGCCUCUCUCUCUACCCUCUCCUUCUCUAUCUUUCUCACUCUCUCUCUCGCAGUGAAAAGGCAGGCCUCUCUCUCUACCCUCUCCUUCUCUAUCUUUCUCACUCUCUCUCUCGCAGUGAAAAGGCAGGCCUCUCUCUCUACCCUCUCCCUCUCUAUCUUUCUCACUCUCUCUCGCAGUGAAAAGGCAGGCCUCUCUCUCUACCCUCUCCUUCUCUAUCUUUCUCACUCUCUCUCUCGCAGUGAAAAGGCAGGCCUCUCUCUCUACCCUCUCCUUCUCUAUCUUUCUCACUCUCUCUCUCGCAGUGAAAAGGCAGGCCUCUCUCUCUACCCUCUCCCUCUCUAUCUUUCUCUCUCUCUCUCGCAGUGAAAAGGCAGGCCUCUCUCUCUACCCUCUCCCUCUCUAUCUCGUAGUGAAAAGUCAGGCCAGAGUCAGUGAAAGCGCGGAUCUGGAAUAGCAACGGUAGGUAAGUGGCUCUGUCAAAGCAGAUUACAGAACCUCUGUGUGUCUCUGCCUCUAAUCCAUUAAUUAGACCUGAGUGUACUGUAGCAACCUAGUAUCAGUCAGACACAAGACAUUAAUAAACAUAGUUGUUGUUGAGUGACAGCCAGGUCAGGUAGACCACAAACAGGGAACCCUGGUUUUCAUCAAAACACAGAAAACUAAGUCUCUGAUCUUUGUCAUCAAAACAGAGAAAUUUAACUCUCUGAUCUUUGCCAUCAAAAUAGAGUAAGCUAAGUCUUUGAUCUUUACCAUUGAAACCGAGAAAAAACUAGUUAUCUGAUCUUUGCUAUCAAAACAGAGAAAGUUAAGUCUCUGAUCUUUGCCAUCAAAAUAGAGUAAACUGAGUCUCUGAUCUUUGCCAUAGAAUCAGAGAAAGUAGUCAAUGUAGUCUCUGUUUUUAGCCAAAGGAGUUUUGCACCAUUUGUGCCCCCUCCAUGGUGAGAUAGGGCGAUGGUGCAGCCAGGUUGUUAAAGACUGAUGUCGAAACCCUUAACCUUAACCAUUCAGAAUGAGUGACUAAACUUAAUGUUUUAACCCUAUCCUUAACCUUAACCCUUAACCCUAACCAUUCAGAAUGAGUGACUAAACUUAAUGUUUUAACCCUAUCCCAAACCUCAACUCUUAACCUUAACCCUUAACCCUAACCAUUCAGAAUGAGUGACUAAACUUAAUGUUUUAACCCUAUCCCAAACCUUAACUCUUAACCUUAACCCUUAACCUUAACCAUUCAGAAUGAGUGACUAAACUUAAUGUUUUAACCCUAUCCCAAACCUUAACUCUUAACCUUAACCCUUAACCCUAACCAUUCAGAAUGAGUGACUAAACUUAAUGUUUUAACCCUAUCCCAAACCUCAACUCUUAACCUUAACCUUUAACCUUAUCCCUAACCAUUGAGAAUGAGUGACUAAACUUAAUGUUUUAACCCUAUCCCAAACCUUAACCCUUAACUUCAAAAGUUGAAGUUUGGAGAACGUGGCUGAACGUCUAAUUUGUCAAUGAGACUGUGAGAGCUUGUUGGAUGGUGUUGACUUGUCUGAUGUGAAAAAAUAUGUAAAACGUUUUCUCACAAUUAAGUAUGAAUCAAUUCAAUGCACCAUGACCUUGCUAUUUAAAGUGACGUGAGUCUAAUAAGUAUGAAUCAAUUCAAUGCAUCAUGACCUUGCUAUUUAAAGUGACGUGAGUCUAUUAAGUAUGAAUCAAUUCAAUGCAUCAUGACCUUGUUAUUUAAAGUGACGUGAGUCUAUUAAGUAUGAAUCAAUUCAAUGCGUCAUGACCUUGUUAUUUAAAGUGACGUGAGUCUAUUAAGUAUGAAUCAAGUCAAUGCGUCAUGACCUUGUUAUUUAAAGUGACGUGAGUCUAUUAAGUAUGAAUCAAGUCAAUGCGUCAUGACCUUAUGUAAAGUGAGUGAGUCAAGUCAUAAAUGUUUCAAAUGGCUUAGAUUCUGGAGGCUCUCAGAAUAUCCUCUAUCUGGCGCACACACACACACACACACACGUUAAAAUCUUUGUGUGCCGCCUCUUCCAAUCUAGAUCCGUCUAUUUUGGGGUCGCUGUUUCGGAAUGCACGAUGACGGUGGAAUCCUCCAGAGUGUGUUGUCACAGUGCCUGGAAUGUUUUUCCGACCAAUCCAAACUGAGUCUGGAGUGAUUGAGGCGGUGGUAUGAGUGUGGGUUUUGUCGCGUCAGUGAGUGACUGUGUACAUCGACAUCGUAGUGUAAAGUCUCGUCAGUGAGUGACUGUGCACAUCGACAUCGUAGUGUAAAGUCUCGUCAGUGAGUGACUGUGUACAUCGACAUCGUAGUGUAAAGUCUCGUCAGUGAGUGACUGUGCACAUCGACAUCGUAGUGUAAAGUCACAUCGACAUCGUAGUGUAAAGUCUCUUCAGUGAGUGACUGUGUACAUCGACAUCGUAGUGUAAAGUCUCGUCAGUGAGUGACUGUGUACAUCGAAAUCGUAGUGUAAAGUCUCGUCAGUGAGUGACUGUGCACAUCGACAUCGUAGUGUAAAGUCACAUCGACAUCGUAGUGUAAAGUCUCAUCAGUGAGUUACUGUGCACAUCGACAUCGUAGUGUAAAGUCUCGUCAGUGAGUGACUGUGCACAUCGACAUCGUAGUGUAAAGUCUCGUCAGUGAGUGACUGUGCACAUCGACAUCGUAGUGUAAAGUCUCGUCAGUGAGUGACUGUGUACAUCGACAUCGUAGUGUAAAGUCUCGUCAGUGAGUGACUGUGUACUUCGACAUCGUAGUGUACAGUCUCGUCAGUGAGUGACUGUGCAUAUCGACAUCGUAGUGUAAAGUCUCGUCAGUGAGUGACUGUGUACAUCGACAUCGUAGUGUAAAGUCUCGUCAGUGAGUGACUGUGUACAUCGACAUCGUAGUGUAAAGUCUCAUCAGUGAGUGACUGUGCACAUCGACGUCGUAAUGUGAAGUCUUGUCAGUGAGUGACUGUGCACAUCGACAUCGUAGUGUAAAGUCUCAUCAGUGAGUGACUGUGCACAUCGACAUCGUAGUGUAAAGUCUCGUCAGUGAGUGACUGUGCACAUCGACAUCGUAGUGUAAAGUCACAUCGACAUCGUAGUGUAAAGUCUUGUCAGUGAGUGACUGCACAUCGACAUCGUAGUGUGAAGUCUCGUCAGUGAGUGACUGUGUACAUCGACAUCGUAGUGUAAAGUCUCAUCAGUGAGUGACUGUGCACAUCGACAUCGUAGUGUAAAGUCACAUCGACAUCGUAGUGUAAAGUCUCGUCAGUGAGUGAUUGUGCACAUCGACAUCGUAGUGUAAAGUCUCGUCAGUGAGUGACUGUGUACAUCGACAUCGUAGUGUAAAGUCACAUCGACAUCGUAGUGUAAAGUCUCGUCAGUGAGUGACUGUGCACAUCGACAUCGUAGUGUAAAGUCUCGUCAGUGAGUGACUGUGCACAUCGACAUCGUAGUGUAAAGUCUCAUCGACAUCGUAGUGUAAAGUCACAUCGACAUCGUAGUGUAAAGUCUUGUCAGUGAGUGACUGUGCACAUCGACAUCGUAGUGUAAAGUCUCGUCAGUGAGUGACUGUGCACAUCGACAUCGUAGUGUAAAGUCUCGUCAGUGAGUGACUGUGCAAAUCGACAUCGUAGUGUAAAGUCUCGUCAGUGAGUGACUGUGCACAUCGACAUCGUAGUGUAAAGUCUCAUCGACAUCGUAGUGUAAAGUCACAUCGACAUCGUAGUGUAAAGUCUUGUCAGUGAGUGACUGCACAUCGACAUCGUAGUGUGAAGUCUCGUCAGUGAGUGACUGUGUACAUCGACAUCGUAGUGUAAAGUCUCAUCAGUGAGUGACUGUGCACAUCGACAUCGUAGUGUAAAGUCUUGUCAGUGAGUGACUGUGUACAUCGACAUCGUAGUGUAAAGUCACAUCGACAUCGUAGUGUAAAGUCUCGUCAGUGAGUGACUGUGCACAUCGACAUCGUAGUGUAAAGUCUCGUCAGUGAGUGACUGUGCACAUCGACAUCGUAGUGUAAAGUCUCGUCAGUGAGUGACUGUGCAAAUCGACAUCGUAGUGUAAAGUCUCGUCAGUGAGUGACUGUGCACAUCGACAUCGUAGUGUAAAGUCUCAUCGACAUCGUAGUGUAAAGUCACAUCGACAUCGUAGUGUAAAGUCUUGUCAGUGAGUGACUGCACAUCGACAUCGUAGUGUGAAGUCUCGUCAGUGAGUGACUGUGUACAUCGACAUCGUAGUGUAAAGUCUCAUCAGUGAGUGACUGUGCACAUCGACAUCGUAGUGUAAAGUCUUGUCAGUGAGUGACUGCACAUCGACAUCGUAGUGUGAAGUCUCGUCAGUGAGUGACUGUGUACAUCGACAUCGUAGUGUAAAGUCUCAUCAGUGAGUGACUGUGCACAUCGACAUCGUAGUGUAAAGUCUCUUCAGUGAGUGACUGUGUACAUCGACAUCGUAGUGUAAAGUCUCUUCAGUGAGUGACUGUGUACAUCGACAUCGUAGUGUGAAGUCUCGUCAGUGAGUGACUGUGUACAUCGACAUCGUAGUGUAAAGUCUCGUCAGUGAGUGACUGUGUACAUCGACAUCGUAGUGUAAAGUCUCUUCAGUGAGUGACUGUGUACAUCGACAUCGUAGUGUGAAGUCUCGUCAGUGAGUGACUGUGUACAUCGACAUCGUAGUGUAAAGUCUCAUCAGUGAGUGACUGUGUACAUCGACAUCGUAGUGAAAAGUCUCGUCAGUGAGUGACUGUGCACAUCGACAUCGUAGUGUAAAGUCUCAUCAGUAAGUGACUGUGCACAUCGACAUCGUAGUGUAAAGUCUCAUCAGUGAGUGACUGUGUACAUCGACAUCGUAGUGUAAAGUCUCAUCAGUGAGUGACUGUGUACAUCGACAUCGUAGUGUAAAGUCUCAUCAGUAAGUGACUGUGCACAUCGACAUCGUAGUGUAAAACCAAAGCAAGCCACUAGCUGGGAGGUGUCGAAGCACACUGAGGGAAUAUCAGAAGAUAGUGUCCAUGCUACAGGUCUAUACCUCUUUGGUUAACUGUGAGGCCCAGCAUUCAACAGCGUUGAUGUAAGAGGGUCGCUUAGAUACGCUGAAGCUAUCCCGGAUGGCCAUCUAAAACUGGUGUGAAAGUCGAGCAUGUUUGGUUGUGAGCCAUAUAGUGAGCAGGUGUAAACUAUGUCUGAUCAUACCAGGGACGUGUUACAAUAAAGACAUUUUAUCAUG